AUCAUAAUCCGGCUGUGUGUGUGGGUGUGUGUGUGUGUAGGGUGGAUGUAGAGAGAUCGCGUCUGCUGUUGCUCGUCUAGCUCGUUUUGUUUUGGCUACCGUGUUCACUGCUCACGAUGUCUAAAAACACGGAGAGCUCGGCUUUCCGCAAAAUCGACAUCGACCAGUACAACGAGGACAACUACAAGGAGGAGGAAGGCUUGGAUGCACAAUCGCCACCGGCCGGGCCCGACGAGCAAGAAGUGAAUCACCUGCUCAACCAAUAUCCUUUCGUGGAUGCACUAAAGAUCAUCUUAAAGACAGCUCCCAUAGGCUCCAAAUGCCAAAGUGUAAAGGAUGCAGCCAAUGCCCUGGCCAUGCGUGUCCUGCUGGCAGUGAAGGCAAGCGAGAUGGAGCAGGCGGUUCGUGGUCUGGACCCAGAGGCAGUGGACGUGCUGAUGAAGUACAUUUACCGUGGCUUUGAAAGCCCCUCGGAGGGUAGCUCAGGCCAUCUACUGGCUUGGCACGAAAAGGCUUAUGCAGCUGGUGGCAUUGGAUCCAUAGUGCGUGUCAUGACCGACCGCAAGAGAGUCUGAGGGUUCCCACUGCUGCUAAAAGGGUCGUCAUUCCAUAGAGCCUGCUGAGGGGAGUUGAUGGUGCCAACCAAUGAAUUUGAACUGAGCCUUUGUGAACAUGCCAACACGCAAGGCUGUAAAUAGACAUGGCAGCAUAAGUUAUAUGUGUACUCCCCUUGAGUAGUAAACACCUUUCCUGUUUGAUGA